ACUUUGAGUUGCUCGCCGCGGGGCGAGAGUUCCGUUAUGUCGCUCAGAUCCCAGAUCCUUCGCUAUAGUAGAGUUAGAUGCGCUGUCGAGGAGCUGCAGAUGGGCAGACAUACUGUUCCUCAAACCAUGAUCAGAUAAGAAACUCUGAUACUGGCAGACGAGCUCAUUAAAAUGGCGAGAGACUUCACUACAACGAGUCUGAGUAACAUCGACCUCGCCUCUUUACGGGAUCCGGCGGGGAUCUUCGAGCUCAUCGAGGUGGUGGGCAAUGGGACGUACGGACAGGUGUACAAGGGUCGACAUGUGAAGACAGGACAGCUGGCAGCCAUCAAGGUGAUGGACGUGACGGAGGACGAGGAGGAGGAGAUCAAGCUGGAGAUCAACAUGCUGAAGACUCACUCCCAUCACAGGAACAUAGCCACGUACUACGGUGCGUUCGUGAAGAAGAGUCCUGCGGCUCAGGACGACCAGCUGUGGCUGGUGAUGGAGUACUGCGGCGCCGGCUCCGUCACAGAUCUGCUGAAGAAGACCAAAGGAAGCUGUCUGAAGGAGGACUGGAUCUCCUACAUCUGCAGAGAGGUUCUGAGAGGUCUGUUACACCUGCACUCACAUCAUGUGAUUCAUCGAGAUAUUAAAGGACAGAACGUGCUGCUGACGGAGAACGCUGAGAUCAAGCUGGUGGAUUUUGGUGUCAGCGCUCAGUUGGACAGGACGAUUGGCAGAAGAAACACGUUCAUCGGGACGCCGUACUGGAUGGCACCGGAGGUGAUCGCGUGCGAUGAAAACCCUGACUCCACGUAUGACUACAGAAGCGACGUCUGGUCUCUGGGAAUCACUGCUUUAGAGAUGGCCGAGGGAGUACCACCCUUGUGUGACAUGCAUCCCAUGAGAGCGCUGUUCCUCAUUCCACGAAACCCUCCUCCCAAACUCAAGUCCAAGAAAUGGUCUAAGAAGUUUCAGAUGUUUGUGGACAGCUGUCUGGUGAAGAACUACCUCCAGCGGCCGUCCACAGAGACGCUCCUGCGCCACUCCUUCAUUAAAGACCUUCCCAACGAGCGGCAGGUGCGCAUCACGCUCAAAGACCACCUGGACAGAACCAGGAAGAGGAGGCCAGAGAAAGAGGGGACGGAAUAUGAAUACAGUGGCAGUGAAGAUGAAGAAGAUACCAUGAAUGAAGAAGAAGGUGAACCCAGCUCUAUAGUCAAUCUUCCCGGAGAGUCCCUGUUGAGACGGGAGUUCCUGCGUCUGCAGCAGGAGACACACACCCAAACACACCUGCUCCAGCAAACACACAACCAGGACAACUACAAGAGACAGCUGCUGGCCGACAGACAGAAGAGGAUCCAGCAGCAGCAGGAGGAGCGCCGCCGCCUCGAAGACAAGCAGGAACGGCUCGUACACCAGACCGGACUCCAGUGGCCCGAGCUCCAGGAGAUGAUAUGGCAGGAAGAGACCGACCUUACUGAGAAAACCAGAAGAAACCACAACAAACAGCCCAGAGACGGUGAUCCUGGACCAGCGGCAGUGAGUGUGUUUGCUGAGCAGCAGGAGCGGAGAGACCAGCCUCGAGACACACGGCACGACGGGGUAAAACACAGCAGCACAUGUGACCUGAACCACCUGACCCAUGACGAUGAAGAUGAUGAUGAUGAUGUUCAGCUGGCAGGUAAACUGCAGUCGCUGGAAGCUCAUCUGGUCAAUCUGAACAAUCUAGCGGUGAGGGCUCCUCAUGUCCAGUCUCGUCUGGGGUCAGGGAGCAGCUCCAGUCCGUGUACUCCAGCGCUGCAGAGAGCGGCCAGACCACCGAGCGUGAGUGUGUGUCCCGGUCCAGAGCUUCAUCACAGCAGCUCCAUGACGGACGUCUCGUCUGCUCCUCUGUCUCCAGCGCUCGAUGAAGUCUUCUUCAGUCUGGACGAGCAGCCGCCCAGGAUUCCAGAGCGCACCACGUCGAGGCUGAGAGAAAUGUUGGUUCCUCACCGAGCGGGGUCCAGUGCUGAAGCUCCUUCUGCCGUCAACAUGUCCUUCAGCUCCAGCAGCAGCUCACAGUCAGGUCACUGUGUGCUGGACAGUCCAUCUCCGAUGUCACCGCAGAACCAGGGUUUGGGAAUGAAGUCUCCGUUCAGUCCGUUAAUGAAGCUUGCAGAGUAUUCUUCCUCCAGUGAUGAAGAAGACGAGAGGACCAGGUCUCCGCUGAGUAACGGCAGGCCGCAGUUAUCCAGAGGACAGUCUGCUGAGAUCAUCCUCCAGCCCCAUCACAGCGUCACACAGCAGCAGCAGAGUGCAGCAAAGCCAGCACACAGAGUCCAUCAGAGGCCUACAGGACCUCAGUCCAGCGACAGCUGCUUCCUGCCCGACCUGCUGCACCAGAGCCCCUCACACCAGCAGACCACAGUCCAGAAUUUAUUCAUUAACCAGGCAGGAAAAAGCACAUCAUCUUCCUCUUCAUCAUUCUCACCUUUCAUUGACCCGCGUUUGCUGCAGAUCUCUCCACCUCCGAGUCCACAGGGAUACGUCCAAUUGAACGGCAGGUGCGAGCCAUGUUUCAGACAGCCUCACAGGAAGGGCUCGGUGGUGAACGUUAACCCCACCAAUAUCCGUCCUCAGAGCGACGCACCGGAGAUACGCAAGUACAAGAAGAAGUUCAACGCUGAAAUCCUCUGUGCCAGUCUGUGGGGAGUGAAUCUGCUGGUGGGCACCGAGAGUGGUCUGUGGCUGCUGGACCGCAGUGGUCAGGGUAAGGUUUACUCUCUCAUCAGCCGCAGACGCUUCCAGCAGAUGGACGUGCUGGAGGGGCUGAACGUGCUCAUCACUAUAUCAGGUAAGAAAAACAAGCUGCGGCUGUACUACCUGUCCUGGCUGAGGAAUAAGAUCCUGCGCAAUGAUCCCGAGGUGGAGAAGAAACAGGGCUGGACCUCAGUGGGGGAACUGGAGGGAUGUGUGAGCUAUAAAGUGGUUCGCUAUGAGAAAAUCAAGUUCCUGGUCAUCGCCUUGAGGAGCGCGGUGGAGGUCUACGCCUGGGCUCCCAAACCAUAUCACAAGUUCAUGGCUUUCAAAGCGUUCAGCUCACUGCCUCAGAAGCCCCUCUCGGUCGACCUGACGGUGGAGAAUGGACAGAGGUUAAAGGUCAUCUACGGCUCUCAGUUUGGGUUUCAUGCUAUCGACGUGGACUCGGGGACACCCUUCGAUCUCUACCUGCCCAGUCAUAUCCAAGGUGUGAUCCGGCCGCAUGCCAUCAUCAUCCUCCCCAGCAGCAGUGGGAUGGAGCUGUUGCUGUGUUACGAGGACGAGGGCGUCUAUAUUGACACCUACGGCCGCAUCACCAGGGAGACAGUUCUGCAGUGGGGGGAGAUGCCCGCCUCCGUGGCUUAUCUUCAGUCGAAUCAAGUGAUGGGAUGGGGAGAGAAAGCCAUCGAGCUGAGAUCCGCCCAGACGAGCAGUCUGGAGGGAGUCUUCAUGCACAAGAAGGCCCAGAAGCUCAAGUUCCUGUGUGAGAGAAACGAUAAAGUGUUCUUCGCGGCGAUGCAGUCUGGUGGAAGCAGUCAGAUCUACUUCAUGACGUUAGGACAGAACACUCUCUUCAGCUGGUGAUGUUCACAGACGGCUGCUGGUCAAACUACAGACCACCUUUAAGAGUCAAACUGUCCUCUUUCUGUAUUCACAUGUAAACAUUUUAAUAGAAGUGAUAUAUUAUAAACAUAUUGUAUGUAAAAUAGGUGAUAUAUUGCGUUGCGUCUGACAGUGUCAGCAUUUGUCUUGAUCUGUGUGUAAAACAUAAACCUUUUAAUUUGAACUUUUUAUUACCAUGUCAUGCUGAUAUUUUGUCCCUAAUACCUGAUUAUUUUAUUGUAUAAUGAUAACCAUGGCUGGUACACGGUGAAGCCCAUACUAACAGCUAAUAGACUAACUGUCGAACAUUGUAGCAUCUUUUGAGAGAAAUACUGUAGCCGACUGAGAAUAGAAUCGACUGAUUACUGAUGACUGCAGACAUUCAGCUUCUUUUCACAGGCUUUCCAAGGAAACACUUUUAAUUAGAACUAAUGGCAGUUUAUCUUAAUGUUGUUUUGUUUGUUUGUUAAUUAUAGCUCCCGCUGUACUAAAACACAAACAUAACUAGACAAUUGAUCAUGAUAAAAGUGAUCUAAUGAAAGUAGGGAUGUCCUGAGCGUGUUUUUAACUGAUUGGUAUGAGUGGAUACUCAACAUUCAAUGACCCGGAUCGGAUCAGUGGCACAACAAUUAUACAAUUAAUUAUACACAAGUGUUUGCACGCAGAUUAAAUGAUUGCUCUAUGUCUGCAGUCUGAACAUCGCUAUUCAUUUGCUUUGUACAUUUGAGAAUUAUUCUUUGAUUGGCAUCAGUCUAUUUCUCACACGUUUCUCAGAUGAAGGAGUGUUUUCUGCUGGUUCUGGUUAAUAAGUCUUCAGUAUUGAUUCUUUAGGUACAUUGACAGUUCGACAGAGUCAUGCUUCUGAGCUCAAGUAUAAACACAAAUACAUAAUUCACAUUCUUAAAUUCAUGAAAUAAAUGCAUCAGUCACCUCUCUCUGAUAGUUUAUGAUUUGAGACGUUCCGAGACAUUCACUGACACUCAAUACAUUUCUGUCACUUAACGGAGUAUUAGUUCAGUGUCACAAGACAGUUCAGAAAGAUUUUUAUUGUUCUUGGAAUGUAAAAAUAGUAGAGCAAAGCAUGGUUGUGUGUGGAAAUCAUUAUAGCAAGUGUGGAGUGAUUUGUGACGCACGUGAUUCUGUUGUUCUCAGCCUUAAAUGAGGAAAUUAAACGAAGCAAAGAAAAGCAGCAGGAAGAGGAAGAUGAUCGUAUGAAAGAGAGUUGAAGAAAGUUGAAAUGUGGGAAGUCAGCGUUGUAAAAAGCCAGAGGUGUGGCGUUUGGGAUCAGAUGGCUUGAACUGUCCAUUGAAAUGUUAUAUUUGCACUGAAAACACCACUGCUUGUGAGGAUGCAAUACUUGUGAUUGUGAACCACGUGCACUUUACAUCGCACGCAUACAGACUAACUUGCUUAAUACUUCUGUUAUAGUUUGACACAUUAUUGAUUUUACUCUUUUAUUAACAAUCAAACUAAAAAUGGCAUGCUAAGAGUUUUAUAGGCUUGAUUUGACACUAGAGAACAGACGUGUGAGCAUUAGUAUUCUGAUGAUUUGCAGUGCACUGAAUUCAUCCUGUACUCCAGCAGAGCAUCUCAGUGUAUGGAGACGAGUGUUUGCACACAACAGUAUCAUCACUGAACUCUGUUCUGAGGUGCUUCAGUAGUUUCAUGUAAUCAGGAAUCCGCUGGGAGUCUGAUGCUCAGAUCAGCUCUGCUGCUUCAUCUGUUUCGUCACAGCAGAGUAGACAAAGUCUUGUUUUUCUUUUCUCUACCGUGCCUUAAUGUGCCCCGAAUGCCAUCUGGCUCGUGUUGUGUAUGAGACAUCAUGAAUGUAAAAAUCAAACAUUAAAAUGUCUGAGAGUCGGUUUCUGUACUUUCACUUUCAUGAUGUACAUUAACAACAGAGGAUUUUAAUUUAACUCAAAGCUUUCUCUUCUUUGCAAUAGUGUAAUUUGACUGUAUAUUUCCUGUACUGUAUAUAUUCCUAAAUACAGUUCAGUAUCAAGCACUGUAGGAAGCACCAUGUACUCCGUUAUGAUCAUCAAAAACUCUUCUUUUAGGUUUCAGUAACAGCACAUUGCAUAUAAAGUGUAAUUUGUGUGUCACAUGAAGGAAUCGAGCCAAAUAAAUGCUUUAAGAAUA